UUGCCCAUCGAGAUCCGGCUGCAGAUCUAUCAUUGGGUCCACCUGUCCAGCCCAGUGCAACACAGACAGCUGGCCCCGUGGUAUCCUAUUCCCACAUGCAGAUCCCACGUCGCCCAGCCCAUAGUCCCCAGGGCAGACGACAGCGGGGACGACAAGGAGAAGAAAAGGAAGAAGAAGACGACGACAAGGACGACAAGGAUGACAGCGGCAGAGACCAGCACCACCUUGCUUGCGCCAGAUCGGCCGUUUGCACGGAUGCCGACGGCGCUGCUCCGAACAUGCCGGCAGGCGAACGAGGAGGCACGGGGGAUCCCGUUCCGUGAGAACGAGUUUGUGUUUAUCAACUGGUUCUCGUCGGGCCUAGCGUCGGCGCUGGGCUUCACGCGGGCCCGGUGGCCCUGGCAGCGGCAGGAGAUGCGGUUCGUCCGACUGGAGGUGUUUGCAAGGGAUGUGACGGGGGCGGCAGGGCCGGUGAGGGCGCGGGACUGGGCAGAGCUGUGUGGGAUGUGGACGGGGUUGAGGGGGCUGCGGCUGACGGACUAUGAUGGAGGGAGCGGGAGAAGGAGGAGGAGAAAGGAUACUGGAGGGGAGAAGAACCCGUGGGAGCUGGUCGGGGAGGAGGGGAGGAGGACGGAGUGGGCGAAGAAGGCACUGGGGAGGCUCAAGGAGCUGAGGCAGCUGGAGGUCGAGAUGGCCGACGUGGGCUGGCCAGCAGGGGAGAAGGUGAGGUGGUGCGAGAAGCUGAGGCAGACGGUGGUGCGUGGUGGAGGGAGGAAGGAGCUA